AGACAAUUCGUAAGGUGAACUUAUAAAGCUGAAGAAGAAAAGUAUCAUUGUGUGUGAUUCUAGAAUCCAGACUUUGCUUAGAUUUGGCAUUUUUGGUCCAUGAAACCCCAAAAGGAAAGGCAUAUAGUUUGCCUUAACAUUGCCAUCUAAUCUGCCAAACCCAUAUGGAUGCUACAUAGAACCUUUGAUUUGAAGUUAAGCAUUGAUGUAAAGGGAAAUUUCCAUUUUGCUAUUUUCAAUCAUCUUUGCAUUCCCAACCACAUAUCAAUCAUCUUUACUUUACCCUUUCUAAUACCUCUCCUCAACCCAAAUCUACUUCCAACAAGCAAUGUCUUCCUUUUUUGAUCAUCUUCUUCUCCCACAUCACUUCCUUCCUGUCAACCAUUUUCCACGACCAUGGAAGACGCGAACACACUAGCAGCCGACUGCAUUGUCAUAUGCUGCUGCUGUCAAUGCCUGGCGUUGCAGAUCAUUCUCCUUUUGUUCCUCAAGCUUCCAUGGAAACUCGUUCGAAAGACAAGAGAGUUUGCAAAGAAAAGGCUGAGACUGAGAGAAAAAGAGGAGAAGAUGGUAGGGAAAGAAAAGGGUUGUGGGAAUGAGGUUAGAGGAAUUAGUAAUGGAAGUUGUAUGAGAAAUGAAGAAAAGGGAUUGGGUUUGAGUUGUUGUAUGGAAGAGAUUGAGAAGGUUAUGCAGGAUUUGCAUGAGAAAGGAGAGUUUGGUUUUGGAAGCUUUUGGGGAAAUGGUAAUACAAGUUCAGGUUCCUGCAGAGAUGAUCUGUUUAGUCCUACAAAUGUACAGUAUCAAUUAAUUCAAGUAAUUCCUUCCACAUGAGAUGGAUGAUAUUUCUAUCUCUUUUUAUA